CCUCACUCCUCAGUACACAAUUAUGGGUGGGCCUGGUCAGUGUUGCCCGCACAGAACAGAGGACCCAGAGCAUGGGGAGGCUCCAUGGACUCAUGCAGAGUCACACAACUCCUGAAGAGUGGACCCAGAAUUUGCACCUGUCACGUGACCUCCUAAGCACCCACUUUCUGCUGCUGCCUUCUAGUGCUCAGAAUCUCCAUGCUCCAUCACCCGGAGGGACUCCUGCUCUUUAGCACACAGGGAAGGUCCAUUUAAUGUGCACUAGUCCCAGCACCUCCAUGAAGAAUUCUUUAUAACAGUGGGGAGCCAACCACCGCAGACCGAGGACCUGUGUUCAGCCAGGCCAUCUUUCCAGGAUAUGGAGAAACCCUGACUCCAAACAUCACCCCACCCAGGCUCCCGGGCAAGGUCUCCAGGCAAUCUCCAUUCCUGUCGUCAGUGGAGCAGAGCAAAGGCCUUGCUGAAUUGUGUCUGAAGUUGCUUCAGACAGAAGCCCAGGAAAGUCACCUUGGAACUGUUCCAAAUGGAGCCCUGUGAUGAUUCAAGUGUGACUUCUUACCCAGGAGUGACACAGUGGGGAAGUGACCAAGGAGGACCAGACGCAGCACCAUGACCAAGUAUGGGGUGCCACGGAGAGUCCUGGGGUGACCGUCUCAGACCCGCCUUAACUUGCCGCCUCAGACAGAUCCCUUCUUGCUUCGAGCUCUGUUUUCUCAUCCAUGACGCACUGUCCCUCUCUGGCCCAGCCAGCUCCUGGCGGAGUGGAGCUCUCGUGCUGUUUCUCUUCCUCUCCUUGGAUCAGACCUCAGCGUCAUAUACCGCCAAGAUCAAACAAAAAGUGGGAGAGUGUCCUAGGAAGCGGCUGGACUGCAGAAACGGGAUUUUGAGCUCGUGCAAAACAGACUUCAACUGUGAGGCGCAUUUCAAGUGUUGUCACUUUGCCUGCGGGAGACUGUGCAUGGACCCUUAUGAAGAACCCUGCCUGUUACCCUCGGAUGCAGGAAACUGCAAAGACACCUUGACGCACUGGUAUUUUGACUCCCAGAAGCAUAAGUGCAGAGCCUUUACGUACAGUGGAUGCGGUGGGAACUCUAACAACUUCCUCAGCAAAGCGGACUGUCGGAAUGCUUGCAUGUUUUUUGUGAAGAAAGGACAAUGCCCACUGUUCCCUUUCCAAAUGCGAAUGGAGUGCCCAGCCUCCUGUAAGAACGACAUGGAUUGCCCAGAGAAGGAGAAGUGCUGCGAAUCCAGGUGUGGCUUCAUCUGUGCCAGAGCCUGGCUAGUCAAAACAGGUUUCUGCCCUCGGAAGCCCAUGGUGUGCUCUAAGAUCGAUAAGCCCAAGUGCCUAUGGGACAGUGACUGUCCCCUGGACGAGAAGUGCUGCACGCGCUGUGGACUGAAGUGCUUGGAACCCAGGCACUGAACAAUUCCUGCUUUCAGCUUGGACAGCAACCAGGAGGAAUUAUUUCCCUGAUAGACAAGAGAGACCCUUUCAUCUUUCCAAUCACCCUUGGAAUGAGGUACACGCAGAAGUCACCCACAUGCUUGGUGACACAACUGUCUAGCUGCCACUUCACUUGAUGCUCCCUCCACUGCAGCCUCGGAAUCUUUGGCUUUGUCCCUGCGGUGUGUGGUGUGCCUGUCUAGAGAGUCCCUGGGCUUUUUAACUCAUAGGCCACCACAGAGUGGGCCAGAAGUGCAUGGCAGUGCCUGACACACAUCCAUGCCUCUUGCACAGAUGCCUGCCUGUCCUAACAGCUGCAGGUCCUGCACCAGAACAUGGAGUGAAGCCCUUCAUCGUCCCAAGUUCUAACUCUCCUUACUUUGCACGGUAGAGCCCAACACUUCGGGCACCCAGAGCCCCUGCAGUUUCAUCAUGGAUUCUGCCACACACCACUAUCAGACACAUGGACCUGACACAUAUGUCCACACCCCCUUGCCACUAGGUCUGGCUUUCUGCCACCUAGUUCUUCAUCUAACACUGUGUGAACGUUUCCUGCCCAUUCCUCUAUGUAUUUAAGCCUUGAAUGCUUUUCUACGAUUGAUCCAUUUUUCUGUAUAUUUCCAAAUGCAUCCAGGUAAACUGAGGGAGGCAGCAAGGUGUGGCAUCUGCAGGGGUCAAAACGUGAUGAUGUUUGACUGUUUAAUUAUCUCUUGGUGUUCUCAAGCCAAAAGCUGAUGGCCUCUCGAAAUUAAUUCCUGCUGAUAGUAACAGGGGGUUAAGGGGAUUAAGAAAAGACACUUAAUUACUUGGGCUCUUUACUCUUUGACUCAAGGGCCUCUCGAUGGCUAGGCUAGGCCCUCAGAGUUCCUUAACUCUUCAUGAGCCAGAAUGAAAAGAAGGGAUAGAAAUGGAGAGGGAGAGAGAUGGGGAGAGGGAGAGGGAAAGGGAGGGGGAGGGAGGGAGAGAGAGAGAGAGACUGGAUGAAGCAGAAAAGGGCUACACCACAAUUGAUUGUUGUUCUUGGUCUUUAUCCCUUCUCAGGAUAAUCUAUCACAUGGUUUCUGAAGCACUUUUACAUAUUCCUUAAGUUCAUAGUAAGUGUAAGGCAAGAGUUCAUGUUGAUAAGGUUUAGGGAAUUAGAGCAGAAUUGUUUCCAUGAAGACUAGUACCUGACUGAACAUCCCUCAUUUACUUUCUAGCUCCAUCAGUUCAUUAUAAGUUUAAAGCAAUUGUUUUCAUGUCACAAGCUUGCACAGUUUUGUCAAGAGACAAGAGACUUAUUAUUUUGAAGUCUUGUAACUGGUCUAUAAUCUUUUUAUUUUUUUUGUCCUUGCACCUACAAUAAAUUGUCCAUUCCCAGUUUA